AAUAUUCAAUUGCCGGCAAGUUAAGUUGGUCGCUUACAAAAUACUUAGAUAAAAUCGUAUGUGAAAUUUUUACUUUAAAUUUUUGUUUCUGUUAUUAUAUUUAUUGCAAAAUUUUAUAAUAAUUUUUAAGCUUUUUUUAGUGAUUUUACGUGAGAAAAGCAAUAUCCAAGAUGGGUGACCAAGGAUUCCUAAAACAAAAAUCGGGAUUUGCUACCCUUGCAAUCCAUGCAGGACAGGAUCCAGAAAAAUGGGAAUCAAAGGCUGUGGUUAUGCCCAUUGUAACAGCCACAACAUUUAAACAAACGGGACCUGCUGAAUACAAGGAAUUUGACUACAGUCGAUCUGGUAACCCAACAAGAAAUACCCUUGAGGAGUGCUUAGCGGCCCUGGAUGGAGGCAAAUAUGGUUUGGCCUUCGCAUCAGGUUUGGGAGCUGUUACCACCGUCGUGACUUUAUUGAGUCAAGGAGAACAUAUUCUUUGCUGCGAUGAUGUGUACGGUGGCACUAACAGAUUGCUGAGAAAUGUUCUUGAACGAAAUGGGAUUGAAGUAUCGUUUGCGGACUUUACAAACGUCGAAUUCAUCCAAAAUUCAAUUAAGGAAAAUACAAAGAUGAUUUGGGUAGAAACGCCCACCAACCCACUUCUCAAAGUAAUUGAUAUGGAAGCGGUGGUUAAAAUCGCGAAGCCCAAAGGCAUUAUAGUUGUAGUAGACAAUACAUUCCUUACACCGUACUUGCAAAGGCCUCUAGACUUUGGGGUCGAUGUCGUCUUAUACUCUAUCACCAAGUACAUGAACGGACAUGCUGAUGUCAUCAUGGGUGCCAUUGUCGUCAAUGAUGAUGCUCUAGAGAAGAAACUUCGCUUUUUACAAAACAGUAUGGGCAUCGUUCCUUCUCCAAUGGACUGCUACUUGGUAAGCAGAAGUCUCAAAACGCUUGCUCUUCGUAUGGAACAGCACAAGAAGUCAUCUCUGAUUGUAGCCAACUGGCUCGUUAAACAUCCCAAUAUUAUCGAAGUACUUCAUCCGGGACUUCCAUCUCACCCUCAGUACGAGAUUGCGAAACGCCAAAUGUCGGGCCAUUCAGGGACAUUCAGCUUUAGGCACAAUGGUGACCUUAAGGAAUCUCAGAAAUUGUUGAGAGCUCUUAAGAUGUUCAUGGUUGCUGAGAGUUUGGGCGGAUAUGAAAGUCUCGCGGAGUUACCUUCUCUGAUGACGCACGCAUCAGUUCCUGCAGAGCAGCGAGCAGCGUUGGGCAUUACGCACAAUCUUAUCAGAAUAUCAGUGGGCUUAGAAGACGUCGAAGAUCUCAUUCAAGACUUAGACCAAUCGUUCAAAGUCGCAUUCGAAUAAAUUUUACAAUUUUUUAUCUUAUUUCCAUACUCACUAUAUUGUAACAAUAUAAAGUAUAUUGAUAGGUUUAAAAUUAAAAAAAAAUGAUUGAUUGCUAAAUGUUAUCUCAUUUUUAUAUAUUGUUGGUUGUUGUCUAAUUGUAUUAUAAACGGGUGAUAAUGAAACAAGCUAUAGUUAGAUUUGGAAUCAAGAUAAUUUAAAUAUUGUCUUUGUUUGAUUUAAUUGCAUUUACCUACGCUUUUAUUGUGUAAAUGAUAAGCGAACAAGAUCAUGUAAGGUUAAAAUAUGUGCAUUUUUAUGAGUAUUAUUUAGAAUGAUUUUGUAUUAUGUGUUUCACAUAUUCCCAAUGAUGUUUCCUCAAUAUUUUAUUUUGUAAUAAUUUAAGUGGUACCAAGUAUCAAGAAAUAAAUGAUAA